AUGUCUACUCAACCACAUCUACAAGUGUGCAACACGGCUGGCUCCAAGUCUGGGAUGUUUUCACUAUUCCCCCUGUUCCCCAAGGAGAUUCGCAUCUUGAUAUGGCAGCAUUUAAUGCGACGCCGACGCCUUAUAAGACUUCAGCUUAGCCCGCGAGCGCGAACGCAUGCCGAUGGUGAGCCGGACCUCGGCGCCAGAAUCGGACCGGCAACCCCAACCAGCGACGGCCGCCACUACGAUGUCGUCGCGGAAGGAUGUCAGCUACUCAGCAAACUUCUCCGAGUCAACAGCGAAGCCAGGCAGGAGGCCCAGGCGUUCUACAGAGUCCAUGUGCCCUGUACAUUCAGAUGGAAAGGCGUAUUAUCGGAGCCCGGGUUCUUGUUGCUCAAUCCGGAGCUCGAUGUACUUCAUCUUCACUCAGGGCAGGGAAGGGAUAACUUCGCAGACUUCGUCUGUGAUCUUUCUGCACUUGACCCUCGGGGGAUUGGUCUCCGCAACCUCGCCUUCGGCUCCAAUGAUGUCCUCUCUCUCCUAAGGACAGACUUGACCGAGUCUGACGCAUCUGCGCGGGCUGUAUUCUUGGACACCCUUUCGCAAUUGCAGGAGGUCUUCCACGUCGGAGAGGGAGCCGCCGGCCGAAUCUACUUCGGGCGCCGCACUGGGAUGAUCGCGAUACGAAGAGUCGAGUUCCAUCGCGGCUGCCCGAUCAUGGCGAAGACGCCCACGUUCGACCUACUACCUCGCGACCCCCGUCCCAUCGAGAAAGACCUGCGUCAAGUCUUCAUAGGCACGGGCGACCCGCGAAGGUACGUCUUCCUCUGGCGCAAGCUGCUCCAGGGAUGGGGCAUACACCCGCCACCGUCUAUCGAGUAUCGGUUCCUCGUUUUCAACACCAAGUCGUACGGUGAGAUUGACAUCACCGACCGGGAGAGUGCCGAGGAGUGGCUCCGGUUAGAGAACGAAUGCUGGAUUGAGGGACAACGAACGAAUGGCGUCACGGCACCGGUCGAGAGCGCGGAGGAUCUGGAGGGUGCUGUCAGACCUGCUGUGGGAUUUUGGUUGUUCCCGAUCGAAUCGCUUGGCCCGUUACCGGGAGAUGAGGAGGACUAUGACAGGAGGUCCCGGUAUUGGAAGUCUCAGAUGAUGCCCGAUAUGGCCGAGUAUUGGCCUCAACUCGGGCUGGCAAACUCGAUCAAGAGCGUCUCCAAGCAGAUGGCGCAAGAUUUGAUGUCAUUCUACACCGGCAACCAACCAGGUCAAAUACCCGGUCUUCUGCCGAACCCAUACUACUGGUGGGAAGGAGGUGCUCUUAUGGGCGCCUUGGUUGACUACUGGUACUACACGGGGGAUACUACCUACAACGACAUCACUCAGCAGGGAUUACUUCAUCAAGUCGGCCCAUACAACGACUACAUGCCUCCUAACCAGACCUUGACGGAAGGCAAUGAUGAUCAGGGCUUUUGGGGCAUGGCCGUCAUGUCCGCAGCCGAGUACAAGUUCCAGAACCCGCCGGCUGGGCAGCCACAAUGGCUGGCGCUCGCGCAAGCCGUCUUCAACACCCAGGCCGCGAGAUGGGAUACCGAACACUGCAAUGGCGGCUUGCGCUGGCAGAUAUUCCAGUGGAACAAUGGCUACGACUACAAGAACUCCAUCUCGCAAGCGUGUUUCUUCAACCUCGCCGCGCGGCUCGCGCUCUAUACUGGGAACAGCACCUAUGCUGACUGGGCGGUGACCAGCUGGGACUGGAUGCGGAGCGUCAAGCUCAUUGACGAAAACUACAGAAUCCGCGACGGUGUGUCUAUCAAGGAUAACUGCGCCACUCUCACCCCGUACGAAUUCUCCUACAACGUCGGCGCAUUUCUCGUUGGCGCCGCUGCUAUGGUGGAGUACACGAACAACACCAAGCAGUCGAGUGACGUGGACAUGUGGCACGAUCGCGUAGAUGGACUUCUGAACAACACCGAACUCAUAUUUUUCUACGGAAACGACACAGCCGAUAAAGUCAUGAUCGAGAUCGCCUGUGAGCCGGUCAACCUAUGCGACGUGGAUCAGAUGUCAUUCAAGGCGUACCUGAGCAGGUGGAUGGCAGCGACGACCAAAUGGGCCCCCUGGACUUUCGACCGCAUCAAGACUCUUCUCCAGAACUCAGCCACGGCUGCUGCGGAUCAAUGCACUGGCGGUAGUAAUGGCCGUAUGUGCGGACUCAAAUGGGCCAACAAUAGCGGGCAGUGGGAUGGCACCAUUGGUGUCGGACAGCAGAUGGCCGCGAUGGAGGUGGUAUUAGCCAACAUGAUCCAACAAGCCCAGGCGCCCGUUACCGACGGCACCGGCGGGACCAGCGUAGGCAAUCCCUCAGCGGGAGGAUCCGACGAAGGACGAUACGACCCGGUGACAUGGCGCCACGGCUCAAUCAGUAACGGUGACCGCGCGGGCGCCAUCAUCUGCACGGUUUUCGUCCUCGGCUCGUUCCUCGCCGCACUGGUAUUCAUGAUAGCCGACGAGACCAGGCCCGCCGCGGCAAACUGGGACGACUUUCGAACUUCCAUGUCCGUCCUGCCGCGCGGCAGCCGGCGGCCGACGAUGGACGAGAAGGGGAAAGGGGUCGGGAGCGAUCGGAGUUCGAGCACAGGGACGGACGAAAAGAUCCCAGCCGCAUGUGGAAACUUCGACCGGCCACCCCCUCCUACGCGACAGCCCGAUGGCAGAAGGAAGCGCCUCGAGAGGCCAGCGGUGAAGUUUUCGCCGGCAAGCGACACUACGCUGACGACACCAUCGAGAGCCAAGCGCCACUCGACGCGGACACUCGACCCACGCCCAUCGAUUUUGAAGAAGAAGCCCCGGCCUCUCUCGGUAUGA